AUGCCCGCCGCCGAAGGCACACCUACAGCGUUAUAUUGUAUCAUUACUGGAUGUGGUCGUCCAGCGAAUGUUCUGUGUUAUUGUUGUAAAGAAAAUCUCUGUCGAAAUCAUUAUAAUGAACAUGAUUAUUUGAAUUCGAAAUUAACCAUUCUAGCUGACGAAAUCGAUUCGUUUGAUAGACAACUACUGGGAGUUGAUUUGAAGAAAUAUAUACAAAACUCGAAUGAUCGAAUUCAUCAAUGGCGCGUGGAAAGCUACAAAGCAAUCGAUCAAUAUUGCGAUCAAAAAUAUCGCGAAAUCGAGCAAAGUUUAAUGAAAGUUAUCAAUCAAAAACGCGAGAAUAUUGAACAAGUUCGCAAAACUAUGCUCGAUAUCACGCAAAAACAUAAGAUGACGUUGGAAGUGAUCGAAUCUCUCACCAAUAACAUUCGUUCAAUUGAAAAUGAAAUGAUCGACAUCGAUCAGAAACAUCUGCUAAUUCAAACCACUCCGUUACUUCUCGAUAAAAGUUUAAUCCAAAUCGAAGAAUUAAUUUUCGAAGAAUUCGAUGUCGCAUCGAUUUCACCCGUUUAUAAAUCAAUUGAUUAUCCUCGACAAGGUAUUUAUCCCAUUGCCAGUAAUAAUCAGUUUUUAUUAGUCCAUCGCGAACCGUACUUAUGUUUGGUUGAUCGGCAUGUGAAAAUUCUCAAGCAAAUCGCCUGGAAUCAUGGACAGAUAGUUGACAUGUGUUGGUCAGCAGCUCUAUCGAAGUUUUUCCUCAUUACACUCAAUCAAAUCUAUAUAGUCGACGCAGCCAAUUCGACUGUUGAACGCGUUGAUACAACACAAAAGCUACGUUGGCUUUCUUGUACAUGUUCAGAUUCCUCAUUGUUCUUAUCAACGAAUGAAAAUGGUUCAUCAAUUUGCGAAUUCAAUCUUUUGAAUUCUUUACAAGCAGCGAAACGAUGGGAUCCACCCGAUACAUGCUCCGAGGAUGAGCGUAUUCACGAUAUGAUUUGCAACAAAGGAACGCUAUUUCUAUUAAUUGAAAACUCAACCACAGGUCGCAUCCGAGCAGAAUUACGAUCAUCCGCAAGACUCGAUCGCUUAUGGGCAGUACAAUUGGAUAUAAAUUAUCAAGGCAAAGUUUUCAGUUGCUGUCUAUUAAACUACGAUCAAUGGUUAAUCGCAGAUGGUAACACUUCACGUCUAUUUCAAUUAACCAUGGAUGGUAAAGUCAAAUCAGUAAAUCAUUACAGCCCUGCGCCUUACUGUGCGACUCUUUUUGGUACAGAUUUAUUAGCGAUAUCGACCAUACAAGGUGUUACUAUGCACAGAGUUUGA